AUGACGUUGCUCUGGAUUCUUGAAACCACCGCCAUUGUGCUGUUGCUAUGGACAGCAGUUGAAGCUCUCCGUCGCCUCUGGUUCCAUCCAAUCGCCCACGUUCCAGGUCCCCGCCUCGCAGCUCUGACAUGGUGGUACGAGUUCUAUUUCGACGCCAUCCAGCCCGGUCAAUACGUCUUCAAGAUACAGGAACUUCACAAACAAUAUGGCCCCAUCAUCCAAGUCACUCCCGACGAGAUCCAUAUCAACGACGUCGGCUUUCUGGACACUGUCUACGCGCCCGCAAUGGCUCGAAGGAAUAAGUACGACUAUCAACUACGGAGUGUUCGCAUCCCCGGCGGAGUGGGCACCACCGCCGACUAUCACCUGCACAAACUGCGACGGGAAUCUCUCACCCAUUUCUUCAGCAAGAAGAACAUUUUGUAUCUGGAAGGGUUGAUCACCGACAAGGUCGAGCAAUUGAAGCAAUUGAUCGCGACUCAUGCAGCCGACAACACGCCAGUGAACUUGUCGGAUGCCUUUUUCGCAUUUUUCAACGACGUCGUCACGAAUUUCCUCUUCGCGCACCAGACCGACAUACUGUCCAACGAGCCCAAAGCAGCCAUCCUCCGCCAGAACAGCAAAGAGCUCCUAAUGGGCAUCAACCUCAACAAGCACUUCCCGUGGAUCCCUGAUAUCCUCGAAUCUCUCCCGCUAUCCAUCAGCCGGCCAAUGAUGCCCCCAGGGCUCGUGGAUAUGCUUGCACUCUUCGACCGAGUCCGCAACGAACUCCUCACCCUCACGCACACCAAAGCCUCAGCAACAACAACCACCGCCGCUAAACCCGCGGGUUUGGGACCAACAGGCAAAGAAUCCGUCUUCGACUCCGUCCUCGACAACCCCACCCUCCCAGACACAGAGAAGACGCUCCUCCGCCUCGGACAAGAAGGCACCCUGCUCGCGCUAGCGGGGACUGAAUCACCCGCGCAGACCCUCGCCGUCGCCUUCUACCACCUCCUCGCCAACCCGGUGCUCCUUGCGAAGCUGCGCCAGGAGCUCCGCACGGUCCCCGCAUCCGCCUCGUGGACGCAGCUCGAGCAACUGCCCUACCUCUCCGCGGUCAUCGAGGAAAGCAACCGCCUCCCUUUCGGCGUCACCGCCCGAACAGCCAGGAUCGCCUAUGAGCCGCUAACUUACACGCCCUCCGCGCAUGUUGCCCCAUCACCGUGCAACCCUCCCGGUGCGCAACCCAAAUCAUAUGUAAUCCCCUCGGGCACACCGAAAAGCAUCACGACGCUGAGCGCGCACACGGCGGAGACCGUGUUUCCGGAGCCGUGGGUCUUCGAUCCGGAUCGGUGGCUCGGGGAUGCCGGGAGAGAGCGAUGGAAGUUUCAGAUGGCGUUUGGGAAGGGCGGGCGGAGGUGUUUGGGGAUCGAGCUCGCGCGCGCGGAGCUGUUUCUGGUUAUUGCGGGGUUGGUGCGUGCGUUUGAGAUGACGCUGUUUGAGACGGGGGAGGAGGAUGUGGCGUUUUGGUGUGAUUAUCAGGUUGCUAUGCCGGGAUUGGGGUCGAGGGGGGUGAGGGUGAGGGUGAGGGCGAGGGUGGGAGAGUAG